GAAGAGUGACUGGCCCUUUGUCGUUAUCUAGGCAGUGUCCGUCAUUGCUUCCAACAACUCUGCGCUGCCAAGCUAAUUAGGUGACCGGCACAGGUGCAUCACUCUUGUGCCUCAAUAAUAAGGUGCACUUCGUGCGGGCACUUUUUGAAUUGCCGACAGGCAUUGAAAUACAUAUUUGCUGAAUAUCUCGAAGGUCAUUGCCUUUUCAUAAAUUGUACAAAUUGGUCAACCAUUAUUACUGAUUGGCUUUAAAGAGGUACCGGAUUGAAGUUUUAGCGUGUCUUGCCGCACCUCAUUGUCUUUUCGAGCAAGAAAUUGGUGUCUCUGUGGUGUGGUCAGGACGUGGUUGACAUUUAGACAAUAAAAUAGGCACUACAAUUUCAUUGCAGUAUCCUUUCAGAACUUGGAACAUGACUAAUAAAACAAAUACUUUGAAUACUGUCCCGCCUAACGUCCACCGAGCCCGCUAAAUGUAUGAAGACAACACCCAUGUAAGGGUCACUUACCUUUAAAAAAAAAAAUCUGUUGCUUGUAAAAAGAAAUAGCCUGUAUAUUAGUACUCUUUUGAUGAGAGCUAGAGAGCCAGUUUUUACUUGUUGGCAAGGGUGUACACAUGUGCUGCAUAAUUUCUUUGAUUCUAUGUUAUCUGUGUUUCUGUUCCUCAUCUGUUCCUCAAAUGUCUAACAAUCAGUAAUAUUGUUGGGAAUGUAUGUUUGCUCUCACUCCUACGGUGUUCAUCCAAAGUGUUGUCCCAUUAUCAUGUACUCUGGUGUCAGCUGACAUUUCAUCAGUAACUCCUUGACCUUCAAAAAAGGCCAAAACUCUCAUGUAACAUUUUGUGAUUGUGCAGCAAUCCAAGGAAAGUGAAUCCCAUUUUAUAAUUUCUUCAGUUUCAUAAAGUCCUUAUGCACUUUAUUUUAGUAUAAUUAAGAUUAGUGUUACCAUGCACGUGCUUGGCCCGACGUUGGAGCCGAUAUCAUCCCCAGAAAUAGAAAACAGAGCCAAGCAUUAUUUACCAUUUGUUAAGCUCAUACAUACAAUGAAACUGACACUUUCCCUUUGUGUGCUGCUUUCAACAGAGCCUCGAGGGAUCCCUUUGGAUCCAGCCGGCGGCAACUGGAGCUGCAAGGACUUCGGUAGCCCGUUCUCGUUCCAGACGUCAGUGACGAAGCGCCGGAGGAGGGUACAUCAGUGGCGAGGGACGUACCACCACUGCCGCUACUGCAACUACUCCAGCUACGACAAGACCUGCGUGGCACGACACGAAAGAACUCACACGGGGGAGCGGCCCUUCGACUGUCAGAUCUGCGGCAAGGCAUUCACGCGCAAGUCCUUGCUCAUCAUUCACGAAAGGACUCACACCGGAGAGAAGCCCUUCAAAUGCAAGCUCUGCGGGCAAGCGUUCACACAGGCGGCUCACCUGUCACACCAUCAGAUGGUGCACACGGGGGCAAAGCCCUUCAAGUGCCAGAUCUGCGGCAAGGACUUCGCUCGCAAAUUUACUCUGCUCAGUCAUUAUAAGGUACACUCAAGCGGCAGGCUCUCGGGGCUCCACACUUCGAGCAACGCGAGUUGUAACGAGUGAGUAUUGGCUGCAUGUCGUCGCGAAAGAGCGACGGCGUGGCCUUCUCUUUAGAUAACUGCGUCCUCAUAGCUAAAACCACUUUUUGCUUCCGGUUUCCGACCGUUUCCAUUCUCGCGUUUGAAAAUGGCUAGCUAUCGAGUGUAGUUACUCUUUGCUUCAUGUGCCAUUACAAAUCCACCACUUCGUCAAAAACAAAAAGUGAAAAAGUGUGUGCAUUAUGCACUGUAGUGACUGUCAGGAUAAGAACGGCACAAGAUUUUUUUUCAAUUUUCCCACCUUCGGUGCAAACUGCUAAACUUCGAUAUCUUGCGAUUCCCAAGCCCGCACAAGCAGCUGUACGUAAAAGAGACCAGUUUUUAUUUACAAUUAAACACAACUUGUCGGAGAUAUCCCAUGUUGAGGUGUCAAAGCCCUCUUCUCAGUGGCAACAAAGUAGGUGCCAGCCAUUGCUGCUGAGUUCGUUUCAGUUGCGUUCGAAACCCCCUUGAGCAGGUGCAGUUACAUUUCGAGGAACAAAAUCUUGGAAAAUACUUUGGUGUAUGUUACUCUGGAAAGUACUGCACUUUCUGUGUUGCCCCCAUGGGUAUGCUCUACGCAACAUAAAUUUUACCUCGUUGGGCUUCUUUUUUGUUUUAUGCUUGAUUCUUUAUAAUUGAGUGUGGUGCACUAAACUUUCCUGUACUGUUUAGAUUCUUUUGUGUACCGGCAGGAAAAUUUCAAACUUUUUUUAUUGGCUAUAUCAAACCUUCGUAGAAACUAAAGUUGUUACACAAAAAUUUCUGACAAUUUGCACGCAUUUAUGUCGUUAGGGCAAAUUAUAGCUUGACCCUCCCACUACUAAAUAUAAUGAUUUCUGAGGAUCAUUGUUUUCAAAAAUAACAAUUUGCGGGCCUUCCCCCAGCUGUAAUGAGGCACGGCUGAGUAUCCACUGGUUUACUUUCAAUCCCCGUCUGUCACGGAUGAUUUAUUCUCGGAGCCAACGGGAGACUGACAAAAUCUUUAUUCUAGCUUCUGGGCAGCUGAAAACGAAAUUUACUCCUAAAUAUACAAUUUGUGGCCUUCAAAAAGUGCUUCAUUCCUCUUCUUAACAGUUGUACAGCAAGUAAUGACACCUACAUAUCAGACUUCACACGUUUAAUCUUGAAUGGUUGCAUUUGCAUUAAAAAGAAGGUAAGCAAAUUACCGUAGUGUAUAAAUAUCUUAACUUAAAAUUUCAUGUCAUUUUAUGGCAAACUGCCCACUCUGCUAUUGUGGGGUUUUCAUACCUUGUCGUUUCCUGUUUGCAUAGCACAGCCCACUGCGAACCUGAUGACUUUAAAUGAGGAUUGGUGACUAAUGGGAUGCAAAUCUUUGAAAGCUAUUCAGAUAUCUGGAUUUCUUGCAUCUUCAAAAUUGCAUAAAAGCUCCAGGCUCCCCCGGCAAUAAUGAGCAUUGCUCGUAGCUACUACCUGUGUCAUUUUAAUUUUGUAUAAAAGUUCAAUCUUAUUGACACAUCAACAAGCAGUAAAAAGAUAGUAUUGCAUUUUAAGUAUGUGGUUUUGUUGUAACACUUUGAAUGCCUAUUUAUAAAAUAAAUCUGUUUGGUUUGGGUUUUUCGAUCCAUUAUUUUAAUUUGUGUGCAACCAGCGCAAGGUUGUGGAAACAAACGUUGCUUGGCUGUGAUGCUUUCAUAUCUAUUGUGUACAGUGAGACGUUUUCAACUGUCCUGCGAUGGUAGUGAUGCAUAUAAAUAAAAAGUGACCAAUUGCUAGCUUCAGCUUGGUGGGAAGACAUAACGGUAAUCUUGCGACCUUUAUGCUAAGGAGUGUGAUACAACAUUCACCUGUUUAUUUCAUCGAUCAACACUCAUUGCACAUUUUUAGGCCUCAAAUUGUCAGUUUAAAGUGAAGCAACUUGCAACUUCAGGGGCUCCAUGUUGGAAACUCGGCAAAAGAAAGUUGGUGAUAUCGCUGACUUUCUAGCCAAGAGCCCCAGGCCAGUUUGGUGGCAAAAGAGAGUGUUAGUAUGUU